AUGGGGCGAGGCAAAGGAGGGAAGAGCCGUACUCAAAGGAAGCAUUUCCAGCAAAACAGAGAGAACGUUUGGAACCAGCACCGUCCAGAAUCACUUCCUUCCACAACAAACCCUUACGAUAUUCAAAACCCUGAUUUCGAUCACUAUUACAAGGAGCAGAACAUCGUGUCCCUAGAAGAAUGGGAUUCAUUUAUGCAAGUUCUCAGAACUCCAUUGCCUGCAGCAUUUAGAAUCAAUUCCAGUAGCCUUUUUUAUGCUGAUAUUCGGUCCCAGCUGGAAAAUGACUUUGCACGUGCUCUUCAGGCCAUUGUUCUUGACGGGGAUGAGGAGGAUGCUAUUAGACCGUUGCCAUGGUAUCCUGAAAAUCUUGCUUGGCAUUCUAAUUUUUCCCGUAUGCAACUCAGGAAGAAUCAAUCACUUAAGAGGUUUCAUGAAUUCUUAAAGCUAGAAAAUGAAAUUGGAAAUAUCACUAGACAGGAAGCUGUCAGCAUGGUGCCUCCUCUGUUCUUAGAUGUACAUUCAAAUCACAUUGUACUCGAUAUGUGUGCUGCACCAGGUUCAAAAACAUUCCAAUUGCUUGAAAUUUUACACCGAUCAACUAAAGCAGGAUCAUUGCCUGAUGGAAUGGUUAUAGCAAAUGAUCUAGAUGUACAAAGAUGUAAUCUUCUCAUCCACCAAAUUAAACGAAUGUGCACAGCAAACCUAGUUGUCACCAACCAUGAAGCUCAGCACUUCCCAGGAUGUCAUUUGAACUUGGAUUGUGAUAUAAUGGGUCCAAGUCAGCAUACUUCCCAACUGCUAUUUGAUCGUGUUCUGUGUGACGUACCCUGCAGUGGAGAUGGUACCCUUCGCAAAGCACCUGAUCUCUGGAGGAGAUGGAACACAGGGACUGGAAAUGGACUUCACACCCUACAAAUUUUAGUUGCCAUGCGAGGCCUAUCUUUACUUAAAGUUGGUGGAAGAAUGGUUUAUUCAACCUGCUCAAUGAAUCCUAUUGAAAAUGAAGCUGUCGUUGCAGAGGUUUUGCGGAGGUGCAAAGGAUCUAUUGAACUUGUUAAUGUCUCCAGUGAGCUUCCCCAACUUAUACGUCGGCCAGGUCUGAAGAGAUGGAAGGUUCGUGACAAGGGCAAGUCCUUGGUUUCCUGCAAAGAAGUUGCCAAGGUACGUAGAAGUGCAGUUCUGCCCAGCAUGUUUCCAAAUGGCGGAAGCUAUCGAGAUAUUGACUAUAACAGUAAUUGUGAUGUUAACGGACAUCCUGAAGAUGGUGUUCAAGUAGAGGAGAAUCCUGCGAUGCAUGAGUUUACUGAGAUAGUUUCUGAUUUCCCACUAGAGCUAUGCAUGCGUUUGCUCCCCCAUGAUCAGAACUCUGGAGCCUUCUUUAUAGCUGUAUUGCAAAAAGUUUCUCCUAUGCCAGCAAUUGAAGUAAAACGUAGAAAAGAAGUUAAUAAUCAACAUGUAGAAUCACUAAACCAGGGCAAUGAGGAUGCACAAGUAUUGCAAAUUUAUCCAUCAGAAAGUACACACCAAGAAGUUUGCGAACAAGUUUUCGAUGAUAAUAAAAAUGAACCAAAUGAACCCAACACUGCAGAUUUUAAGUCUAGCCCUGUUAUAGACGAAGAAGGGGAAUCCGAGGAUGCCCAGGAGCCCCACAAUGAAGAAAACAUAGCAAAGAUCACUCCAAGCAAAAGAAAGCUUCAGAUACAAGGCAAAUGGAGAGGUGUUGACCCCGUCGUCUUCUUCAAAGAUGACUCAAUUAUAAAAAGCAUAGAGGCAUUUUAUGGCAUUGACGAGCAGUUCCCACUAGACGGUCACCUUGUAACAAGAAACAGCGAUACAAGCAAUGUAAAAAGAAUUUACUACAUCUCCAAGUCAGUCAAGAAUGCUCUUGAGUUGAACUUAUCAGUUGGGCAGCAACUUAAAAUAACUUCUGUUGGCCUAAAAAUAUUUGAAAGACAAAAGUCGCGUGAAGGUAGAUCCGUCGAAUGUGCUUUCAGAAUUGCUUCUGAAGGAUUGCCUCUUAUCCUCCCCCAUAUCACCAAACAGAUACUAAGUGCAUCGGCUAUAGAUUUCAAGCAUCUUCUCCAGUAUAAAAAUGUAAAAUUUGCAGAAUUUGUCGAUGCCAAAUUUGGUGAAAAGGUGGCAAACCUAAAGCCAGGCUGUUGCGUGAUCUUUCUCGGUGAAGGAAACAAAGUCUCUGCAGAGGCCCUCCAAGUGGAUGAAUCAUCCAUAGCCAUUGGAUGUUGGAAGGGGCGGGCAAGUUUGACUGUGAUGGUUACUUCAAUAGAAUGUCAAGAACUUCUUGAAAGGCUUUUAAUGCGUUUAGACAGGGAAACAGAAAGCGGGUCCUCCAUGCAUGAGGACAAACCAUCUAAUAAUGUAAGAGAUGUAGAACAGGAAUCAAACGGUAACGGCCAAGAUGUGGAAGCUAUUUGA